CGUCAUUCCCUGGAACCGGCGAACUUCCUCUCGGCUUGUCUGGGUCGCCGCGUCUGCCUGUCGCUGGCCCCAGGCUCGCUCUCUGGCCCCAGCCCUCCCCUCUCCUCUCUCUCCCUCUCUCUCUCAGCAGCUGUCUCUCUCGUGCCCGCUGGCCUCUCUCCUUUCCCGCAGCCGCCUCCUUCUCUGCCUGCUUGGGUGGCCGCCAUGGGCCGGAAGCGGCUCCUCACUGACGCCUACCCCGUAGUGAAGAGGAGGGAGGGCCCCGCUGGGCACAGCAAGGGGGAGCUGGCACCGGCGCUAGGGGAAGAGCCCCAGCCCCUGAGCGUGGAUGAAGCAGAGCUGGAGCUGCUGAGGCAGUUUGAUCUCGCCUGGCAGUAUGGGCCCUGCACAGGGAUCACACGGUUGCAGCGCUGGCAUCGGGCGGAGCAGAUGGGCUUGGAGCCUCCCCCAGAAGUGCGUCAGGUGCUACAGACCCACCCUGGAGAUCCCCGCUUCCAGUGCAGCCUCUGGCAUCUCUAUCCCCUGUGAGGUACCACCUAAGACUUCCUGCCCACUAUCCCAGGACCUCAAGACACAAGUGAGAGCCAGUUGCUGCCCCCUUGGCUCAGUUCUGCUGUGAAGAACCUUUAGUAGGAAAAUAAUCUUAUAGAGAAAAGAGGCUGAAUCUGGAGGUCUCUGAGGCUCAGCCCUCCAUCUAACCAGCAGACUCCUGGAGCUCCCUCUGAGAGCCAACACAGCUGAAGCUUGUACUUCCUACAUGGAAAGUUGUCUCUGAGGAUAAAGACUUGGCCAUGACCCUCAGAUGCCUGCUACACACCUCUUCAACCAUAAAUACUGUGGUCCUGGGAACAGUGUGGCAAAUAGGCACAGCCUUGGACACCGCUAGACUCAGGACUCAGGCAGAUGUCUAAGAGGCAAAGAUGCACUCUCUACUCAAAGCUGGGAAUCUAAGGGCAGAACUGGCAAGGGGUUCCUAAUGCUUAUCAAUAAAGAACACUGAGUCUGGAA